UUACAAAUUCACCUCAAAAGGUAAUUACUCACUAUCAACUCUACGCCAAUUCACAGAACUCACCUAUUACACCCUUACUCCUCAUCACAAUGGCAUCCCAAGCUGUAUCAAUGCCUUCGCUGGGCUCGAAGUCCGACUCUAAGCCUGUCGCAACCCUUGAAACUUCCAAGCCUAAGCCCUGCUGUGUGUGCAAAGACGAGAAGUCGAAACGGGACGAGUGCAUGCUGUUCUCCAAGGCAGCUGAUCCCACCGCCGAUUGCAAGCCAAUAAUCGACCAAUACAAGAGUUGCAUGGCUGGAUUUGGUUUCCAGAUCUGAGGGGAAUCGCAAUCGCCAAUUAGACAGACGGCGUCGUAAAAGCGACGUACAAAACGGUGUCGAUGUACAAUACAAUGUAUGUGCCAAUCCGCCUUGACCGGAGGCAUCAGAGUGUGCAUAGGGAAGGCGUUCAGGAUCUUGGAUUAUAGAAAGAGAAAUUCACAUAUUCUCCAAUCACAGGUUUCGUCCUGCUUCAGCAAUUGGUAUACCUUUUAAGAUUUUACGGCCAUGACGCCAUUGAUAUAUACCUAUGAUCAGUAGCAGAACUGACCUGUCGACCUACAAAACCCUACAUGGGUGUUCUUGUGGUGUUCGCGUAGAUCAUCUAAGUAAAUACUGUCGAAAAGGUUGGUGCGUAUCCAAUUCUUACAAAGUUGCAUGCGUUGAAAUAUCAGAUUGCCAACCAUUAUUCUUUCA